CCUGGAGUACCAGUAUGGCUGUCUGGACUCGAGCGGACAAAAAUGGUCAGCUGGACCUACUUCUUCGAGAUCGUUGGAUUCGGGUAACCGCUGAAUUGACCCGCGAAACUUUAACUUUGACGGCCGAAGGAGAACUGGGUGGACCAGUGAAUAACUUGGAUUACAAUUCUCCGGCUGGACUGCGAAAUGGAAUGUCGAACGGAAACGAACCUGGGUUAGUGCCUGGAAAUCCGAACCGAAGUCCAAACCAAAACCCAGAUCUUCACCCGAACCACAGCGGGUUAAGACGAAGUGAAAGUCCAGCACGCGGAGGAGUUAGCCGUGGGCACUACGAUAACAAUUAUGGGUAUAGCAGUCCCAGUUCUGGCAAAUUUAGCCGUGAUAACGGCACGAACUCAGACUUUGGAAGUCCAGGUUCCAGUUAUGGAAGUCCUGCGUCUAGUUUUAGUUCCAGGCACGGCGAUACGGCCAAUAAUUUUGAACCUGGUGUAUCGGAAGCAGUGAGGAAAGUUCGCGUUGUCAAACAAGAGUCGGGGGGGCUCGGCAUCAGUAUCAAGGGUGGUCGAGAAAACCGAAUGCCCAUCCUCAUCUCCAAGAUAUUCCCUGGUCUAGCAGCCGAUCAAAGUCGUGCACUUCGGGUUGGUGACGCUAUCCUAUCUGUAAACGGCAAUGAUCUCCGUGAAGCCACACACGAUAUGGCGGUGCAGGCGCUUAAAAAGGCCGGGAAGGAGGUUACGCUGGAGGUGAAGUACAUCAGGGAGGUGUCUCCCCUGUUUAAGAAGCCUUCCAUGGUGGCAGACCUGCCGUGGGACGGGGUACGGCCGCAGUCGCCCGGCCUGGGGGCCGGCGGAGAGGACCCCCACAAACUCGGCCCCGUCAAAGACAGAAAGGUCAUUCCUCUGAGAAUGAGCUUCAUCAGCAGAAAUCUCACCAUGCCUGACCUGGAGAACAGGUUGUUGGAGCUCCACUCUCCAGAUGGGCUGCACACAGUGAUCCUGCGCUGUAAGGAUGGUCCCAGCGCUCUCUCCUGGUUCACAGCCAUCCACGCCAACAUUGCCGCCUUGCUGCCCCAGACCCUGGCCCACAUAAACGCUUACCUCAACUCGCCCAACACACACUGCCAGCUCAAACACAUCGGCUGGCUGGCUGAGCAGAUCCAGCUGGAAGGUGGGCGGCACCAAUACCGACCUGUCGUCAUGGCGCUUACAGAGAAAGACAUUCUACUCUUUGAGUCAGUGCCCUGGACCCGUGAGGCCUGGAGCACGCCUCUACUGACACACCCACUUCUGGCCACCAGGCUGGUGCACUCGGGCAGUGCCCGUAGUUCUCCAGCACUGGGCUCAGAUCUGGUGUUUGCCACACGCACGGGGACUGGGCGGGGCAUUGAGUCACAUGUGUUCCGUGUUGAGACACACUGGGAUUUGUCAUCAUGGACACGAGCAUUGGUGCAGGGGGGACAUGCUGCUGCCGAACUCAUCAAGGAGGUCUCUAUAGGUUGCGUGUUGAACAGACAAGAUGUUCGACUGACACUGCACUAUGAAAAAGGCUUCACAGUGACCAGUGAAGCAGGAGAUGCCGGGGGGGCCGUUCUCUUCCGUUACCCUUUUGAAAAGCUCAAAAUGUCUGCAGAUGACGGCAUUCGUCAUCUCUACCUGGACUUCGGGGGUCAGGAGGGUGAACUGGUGUUUGACCUGCAUUCGGGGCCCAAGCCGGUGGUGUUUGUGCUUCACUCCUUCCUGUCGGCUAAACUCACGCGCAUGGGGCUGCUCACAUGAGGCGGAAAUGGAAGUCUGGGGCCUCAGAGGAGAACAGUGUUUCCAUAG